CUUACACCAAUUAGUAGCUGGUGGCCCUUUAGUCCACAAAGUCCUUAGAGACUUAGCUGAAAAACAUGGACCAAUAAUGCACUUGCAACUUGGACAUGUCUCUACUAUACUUGUUUCCACACCUGAAACUGCAAAACAAGUGAUGAAAACUCAAGACAUAGUCUUUGCAUCAAGGUUUCAGCCUCUUGCUGCUAAGAUUAUUUCUUAUGAUUCCACGAACAUAGGAUUCGCUCCAAAUGGUGAUUAGUUGGAGACAGAUGUGUAAAAUAUGUGUACUUGAUCUUCUAAGCGCCAAGCGCGUUCAGUCCUUCCGGUCUCUUAGAGAGGAAGAAUUCUCAGGUUGAUUCAAAAUUUUAAAUUAAUGAUUUCAAAUUAUGCUUAUAUAACUAUAGAAAACAAGCAAACUUAUGACGAAAUUGUAAAAUUCGCUCGUCUUUUUGUAUUUCCUUUUGUUUUUUUAAAAAAAUGAAAUAGGGAUAGGAAAUUACAAGGUGAGGAACUGAACCUUCACCAAUAAGGUAAAACUUCAAGUAGUUAACCAACUGAGCUACUAAUAUCCCUCCGUUUCUUUUGUUUGAAGUGUCUAACAUUCUUUUUUAGUCUGUUCUAAAAAUAAUAUGAAGUAUCUCUUUCUAUGUUUGGUAGUUCUGUAAUCCAACACUCUACGGAUUCACUUGAACUUACUCUUGACAUUCUAGUUCCACCUCUGUCUCAGGUCUUGCUAGAUUCUUGGCUAGUCAUGCUGGAUCCCCUGUUAAUUUGACUCAAUUGCUAUAUUCUACUAUGUUGACUUUCACUUCUAGAGCAGCCGUUGGGAAAAAGUUCAAAAACACAGAGAAGUUCAUAUCAAUAUUAUGUGAACUUCUUAAAGUUGGAACUGGCUUUACUUUUACUGAUUUUUACCCUUCAAUCAAGUGGCUUCAACAUAUAACUGGUCUUAAGUCAAAAUGGAGAAGCUUCAUCAUGAAAUAGAUAGGCUACUUGAUGAGAUUAUAGAUGAUCAUAUUGUUGUUGACAACAACACCACAAGUAUGCAUGAGGACCUGGUAGAUGUCCUUUUAAGAGUACAAAAUGAUGAAAAAUAUGAAAUAACUCGAAAAAAUAUUAAAGCAGUGAUCUUGGUUAGUUCACUCUACUCCGAUCCUCUUCUCAUACUAUUAUAUGUAGAAGCUAUAUGAAAUUCUCAAUUUAUGACAUGUUCAUGCUCUGCACAUGUAUCAGGACAUGUUUGCAGCAGGAACAGAUACUUCAGCAACAACAGUUGAUUGGACAAUGGCCGAAAUGCUGACGAACCCAAGUGUGUUAGAGAAAGCACAAGAAGAAGUGAGGAGAGCUUUUGGUGAAAAAGGUUAUGUGGAUGAAUCAAAGUUUGAUCAAUUGAAAUACUUAAAAGCAGUGAUCAAAGAGACACUCAGGUUGCAUCCACCUGAUCCUUUGUUACUCCCAAGGUUGAGUAGAGAAAAAUGUGAGAUUGAUGGUUAUGAUAUACAAGAAAAAACUCAAGUGUUGGUGAACGUUUGGGCAAUUGGAAGAGACUCGAGAUAUUGGGAGGAUGCAGAGUGCUUUAAAGCAGAGAGAUUUCUUGAUAGUUCAAUUGAUUUCAAUGGAAAUAAUUUUGAGUACAUACCAUUUGGUGCCGGAAGAAGGAUGUGUCCAGGCAUGUCCUUUGGUCUAGCAAAUGUAGAACAUCCAUUGGCUCUUUUUCAAUACCAUUUUGAUUGGAAGCUACCCAAUGGAAUGAAACAUCAAGAAUUGGAUAUGAGUCAGGUGUAUCUUGGUGUGACAGUGAGAAGACAACUUGAUAUGCAUGUAAUUCCUAUUAUCACCAACCCAGUUUAACAAUAAUAAAAGCAGCAAUUGUUCUUGCUGUUUCUAAUAAAACUUUCAUUGGUCAUAUCGUACCAUUAACUAGCAAUAAUGAAACAUUAUUUCUACAAUCGUAACUUUCGAUCGUCUCGUUUAUUCCUUUGUGUCCACGCUGACGACUAGAAUGAUCAUCGGGUCUUCUAAUUUAACUAUAACCAAAAUAUCUUACCGUUAGACAGCAAGUACGAAACAAGACAAAUCCAACGCGGGAAGUAAUCGCUGGGAUCAGUCUUACCACUUCAUAGACCUCAACUACAAACUCAACUUAUACCGUGAUUUGAGUUCACAGUGUCACCAUAAAUUUCACAAAUUAUGAUGAUUUCAGUCUAGUAUGGUUAAAAACGUUCAGACAUAAAGCCUGAGGAAGAUAUUCCUAUUGCUCUAGUUUGAAUAAACUUAGAGCAUCAAGUAAAUUUUCUCAUACAACAACAU